AGGAAUGGCGACAAUCAAACGUGCCGAAAGGUAUGUUUAACAGAUUUGAAAUAACGUCGUACAUAAGUUAAGAGCGAUCAGUAUGUAAUAUUGACUCAGGACACAGCGAAAUAUCUGCGUUGAAUUUGCGUGUCUAAUUAAUCAUUCAUUCGCUUCGUUUAUAUUUUGCUUAUUGUUUUCCUCUACGUAUGUACAUUUUGAAGAAACUUUCUGACGAUUAUGUUCGCACCUACUCUCUUUCACUUCCGUUCGGAUAUGAAGAUCGCACGAAAAUAGAAGCCUCUGUGUAACACGAGCCGACUCCCUGAUAUAGAGCUUUCUCUCGGACGGUUAUUUUCGACCGAGAUCCCACUGGUACUAUCCAGACGCUCGACAUAACGUAGAAAAAGCGUGCGAGCACGUUACUGAAAGUUUUCACGAUCCUGAGAUACCAACUUGAGCGUACUGUGUGCAUCUGCUCUCUCGAAAAUCUCGCGUGCAUUGUGCUACUUUAAAAAGAAGACUUCUUUUAGAUUCGACUUCCCUUAAUUGAAAAAGAAUACAAGGGUAUAAAUAACGAGCAACGUGUACGUUAUCCAUUUGUGCUAUAUGAUAUUGAAAAACAACGUUAACCUUAUACUGCACUGGCAAUAAUCCAUUGGUUGGUAAUGUACCCACGUUUGUGGAAUAACGUUCGUGGUGGUAGAACUUUAUUUUUAUCCUACUAAGUGAGUGUGUCAAAGGGCAAGGCUAGUUGCAGGGGGUUCGUUCUGGGAGUACUGCCAGUUGGCUUUUGGCUGUGCCAUGUGAAAGAUGCUAUCUUCAGUGAAACCUUGUUGAACUCGUCCAUAAAUUAUUAUCUGUCGAGUUGAGAGGCUUUCUUGGAGGUAUUGUUGUUGUAGAGGGCAACAUAAAACGGAGGUAUUUAAUAAUUGCGUUGGUUGUAACAAAUAAAUCGCCAAAAUGAGUAUCCCAGAAAGUGUGAAGAAGUGUGUAGCCAUAUUAAAGACUGUUGAAAAUGAUUCGGAGAAGUUCGCAGCUCUUUUUAUGGUUACAAAAUUGGUGGACAGCAAGGAUUGUACAGCUGCAGUUAAAAAGAUAUUAUUUGAAGCAAUUGGAUCCAAGUUUUUAAAGAAAUUAUUAUCCACUCAAACGGUUCCUGUGGACUGUCCCCCACAAGUGUAUAAGUCUGUAGCAUUGUCUAUACUUUCUGCAUUUUGUGGCGAACCAGAGCUAGCAAGUCACCCAGAUAUGAUUGCUCACGUGCCUGCAUUGCUUGAAAUUGUUUCCCAAGUCGACGAGGAUGCAGCAGAUGACAUGUUGAUUAUUGUCAGCGAGGCAUAUACAUGCUUGCAAAGCAUUGCACAAUAUCCUCCAGGACAGAAAACUCUACUUGAACACAAAGCGAUAUCGAAGAUGUGUGAUAUUUACUCUGAAAAAAGUUUUCAGACAGAUCAAGCAUUGAACAUCCUGGUUAUAUUGGUUGGAAGAUUUGGCCCAGAAGCUUGGGAUGCAACAGAUAAUGCACCUUUUCAUGCCAUUAUCAAUAAAAUUGCAUUCGACUUUGAAACAGAUCACACUGAAAGAAAAUUUGAAUUAUGUACAAUUUUACAAGCUUUAUUAAUGAAUUGUAGGAAAGAUGUUAUUAUUGAGACAGCUAAAGAGGAAUCUUGGCCAUCCAGUAUUCACAAGGCUCUGUCAGAUAUCCUCGGAUCUAAAAUUGGUAAAAAUCAACGUGAUCCAGCAUUGAAACUUGCUUCUGUGAUGAUGGAUAUACUGGGAGCCGAAUGGACAUUGUCGGAUAAAGAGAAACCAAAAGUAUUUUUCUUACUCUUGAUUCAACUAGCAUCUAUUGAAGUUAGAAUGCAACUAGAAGGAAAACAACUUAAAACUGUCAUGGCAAAUGUUGAUUUAAUCACAUCUUGCUUUGUUAUUCUUGAGAUUUCGCUUGCCUACAUUAUUACAGAUCAAUUGGAUUUGGAGGAGAAAGAGAAGCAGUCAUUGUAUACAGCACUGAAAGGAGCAUUUGCUGCGAUUAUAGGUUUGCUCAAUGCUGUCUCAAAAAUGAAAGAUUUGACAGAUAUUAAAGAACGAGCAUUUAUCUGUGCUGUGGUAAGAGUUUUGGCUGCUUGGCUAGCUCAAGAAACCAAAGCAAUGCGUCCCCAGAUUUACGCUAUUCUGCCUUAUGUUUUAACGGUGGCUAAUGAUACAUUUUAUGGUUACCGCAAUAGAAAGCUAGCAGAGAAAGCUAAAACGAAUGCUAAAUCCAAAAAUGAUGAAGGAACAUCGUCGGAAGAAUCAGUUCCACACGACCCUAUAAGCGAAAUUGAUUUAUUGAGACUGCUAUUGCCAGCUUUAUGUUACUUGACUGUCGAAGAAGAUGCUAGGAAAAUUUUACUUCGUCAUAAACAAGAAGAAAUUCUGUUCGAAUGUUUAUCUUAUCACUGGACGAUCGUUCAUUAUAAAAAACCACCAGUACCAAAAGCAGAAAGAUUAAAGGCAUUGAAAGAAGCAGAGAAAGGAGAAGAUCUAGAGCUUUAUGCAUCGGAAGCAAUGAAAGAUUCGAGAUCAGCUAUGGUUUCUACCUGCAAUGUUUUGAUGAACAUCACUGUAUUAGAACCGAAACUAGUAGAAGAAUCACCAACAUUUGUUUCUGUGUUAAAAUUUAUGUUUAAUAAUCUUCCAGAGCUUAAACAGAUUCCAGAGAAUUUAGUUCUACAUGGCCACUUAGCAGUUUUGGGAUUGCUGUUGUUAAAGCAACAGGCAAAAUGUGUUAAGCAAAACGAUUUCUCUAUAUGUCGAUAUAUUCAAGCAACUAUACGGUUUCUCUGGGAUGCUUAUAUAAUUGAUGAGAGCAACGAUCCAACUGAACUUGUUGUUUCUAUAAUGUAUAAAGAACGGUGGAUGGAACUGAUGGAACUAUGGUUUCUCGGAAUGCAAACGAUGGCUGGAGUUUUACAAGUAGUUCCUUGGCUCUCGCAGUUUACUUUAGAGUCAGGUUGGGCUGAAGAAAUCAUUGAAACUCUUAAGAAAGUAAAAACAGGAAGUCUUCAGCCGAACGUGAAAUCUGCUUUUGAAGAUCUUUUAUGUCAUUUAGUGAAAGCAGAUCAAAGCGUUGCUUCUGUUCUGAAGAAAUGCGGAGCUUUGACUGUUUGUCGAAAUCAUCGUAUGAUGGAGCUUGGAAAACAUCUUUUUGGGGAUUAAAAUACUGCGAAGACAGAAGUACAA